AUGGCAGGCUUAUCAUUUGACAAUUACCAAAGAAACGCAUUUCUAACUUCUAAAAACCAUUCCACUCAACCAAAGGCCACAUCUACCGGUACCACUAUUGUAGGUGUCAAAUUCAAUGGUGGAGUAGUUAUUGCCGCAGAUACAAGAUCAACGCAGGGUCCUAUUGUAGCCGACAAAAACUGUGCGAAAUUACAUCGUAUUGCUCCAAGGAUAUGGUGCGCAGGUGCAGGUACCGCAGCAGACACAGAGGCAGUGACCCAAUUGAUUGCUUCCAAUAUUGAAUUGCACGCUCUCUCCUCCAAGAGACAGCCCCGUGUAGUCACUGCAUUGCAAAUGUUAAAACAACAUCUUUUCAAAUACCAAGGUUACAUUGGUGCAUAUUUGAUCGUUGCUGGCUGUGAUCCAACUGGGUCCCAUCUUUUUUCUAUCCAUGCACAUGGAUCUACUGACGUUGGUUAUUAUUUGUCGUUGGGUUCCGGUUCCUUAGCUGCUAUGGCGGUGUUGGAAGCUAGUUGGAAAGAGGAUAUAACCAAAGAUGAAGCAAUAAAACUGGCAUCCGACGCCAUUCAAGCCGGUAUUUGGAACGAUUUAGGAUCUGGUUCCAAUGUAGAUGUCUGUAUCAUGGAAGUGGGCAAAGAUGCCCAAUAUCUAAGAAAUUACAUAACACCGAACAUCAGGGAAGAAAAACAAAAGAAUUACAAGUUUGCUAGAGGUACAACUGCAAUCUUAAAGGAAAGUGUCUACAACAUUUGUGACAUUGAGGAGGAAGAAAUAUUAAUAGAGGUAUAA